AUGGCUACACCCACAGUUCUCUCUUUCGAUGCUGAGGGCCGUCCGCUCCAGUUUGAUGCUUGGCUUGACGAUCUCCACCUUUUCCUCCAGAUCACCGCUAAGGAUGACGUCUCGCUGUAUGACCACGCGUCCGGAACCGCUCUCGCACCUGCUGACACUGCUGACAGUACAGCUCGCUCCCAGUGGCAGACUCGUGACGCCCACGCUCGCCUAGCCAUUCGCAGCCACCUGCCGUUAGAUGAGCGCGCGCACUUUGGCCAGCACAAGACUGCUAAGGAGCUGUACGAUGCAGUAGUCGCCCGCUACUCCUCACCUGCCUCCGCUACGAUAGGCCGUCUCUCUCUGCCCUAUCUUUUCCCCGAUCUCGCCGCCUUUCCCACAGUCGCUGACCUCAUUACACACCUCCGCACCAGUGACACUCGCUUCCGAGCCGCCCUCCCUGCUGAGUUUCUCGCCAAGAACCCCCCACCGAUGUACCUCGUUCUCUACCACCUAGUCACCCGUCUCCCUGACUCUCUUCGCGCAGUCAGGGACCACUUUCUCGCCCUCUGCCCUACCGAGCUCACCAUUGACCUGCUCGAGAAGCAUCUGCUUGCAGCUGAGGCUAGUAUAGUUGCUGUAGGUGCCUCUCGUGGCGACCCCCGCACGCCCUUCUUCGACGGGUGUUCCCCUUCCCCCCUUCUCCCCUCGGUUGCCUCUGCUGCCGCUGUCGACUUCCUCGGUGCUGAGGACGUCGGGGCUGCGUCUGCUCCUAGCUGGAGGCGCAAGAGCGGCAAGGGCAAGGGGGGCAAGGGUGGCGGCGGUACCAGUGGGGGAGGUGGGGGUGGCGGUGGAGGUGGAGGCGGUGGGGGUGGUGGCGGUGGUGGGGGUGGUGGCGGGGCUGGGGGGGUCAGUGGCAGCGACGGGGGUGGCAGCGGCGGGGGUGGUGGCGGCAGUGGUGGUGGGGGAGGCCGGGGUGGAGGUGGUGGUGGUGGCGGCAGUGGGCGUGGUGGCGGCGGCUCGGGUGGUGGUCGGGGUGGACCAGCGCAGCGUGGAGGCUCGGGUGGUGCCCAGCGCCAGCAGCAGCGUCUUGGAGAGACCCCGUCGUCCCAGCAGCUUCGUGAGUGGUACUCUCAGCAUGGGGGGUCUGGGGGUGGAGGCACCUGCACGUAUGUCAUCCGCACCGGUGACCGCGCUGGUCAGACGUGUGGGCGUUUCCACACGCCGCACCGCUGCUUCUUUCGUCUAGACGAUGCCUGGCGUGCACAGUUCCCGGAGGCCUCUGAGCUGCCCCGCUGGGCUGAUCUGCUUAAAAAGAACAUUGAUGUAUUUGCACUUGACUUUGAUGUUAUUCUUGGAGCCAUGUAUGCAUUGACUAUUAGUGUUGAGGGUGACUGUUACUUGUGUGUGCCACCAGACCCAGGCAUUGCGACCAGUGAGGCUGCCGCUCUAGGUGCUAGUGCGUCCGCUGCCCCAGGUCCUGGUGAGACAACUGCUCUAGGUGCAGGUGUGUCUGCUGCCCCAGGUGCUUGUGAGGCUGCGCCUUCAGGUACAGCGUCUACUGCGGCACUGCACACCUUCACCCUGGACUCAGGUGCUUCCCGCUGUUUCUUUCGCGACCGCACUGCCCUCGAGCAGCUUCCUAGACCGGUUGCUGUCUCCCUGGCUGACCCCUCCGGGGGUCCGGUUCUUGCGACCUCCUCCACUGUCCUCCCGUGUCCUGCGGUCCCGUCUGGCACCCUGUCAGGUCUUUACCUCCCCUCGUUCUCUACGAACUUGGUGGCGGGCUCUGCUCUACAGGACGGGGGUGUUCACCAGUUCACCCCUGCCUAUGAGCGUGUGACCCACUGUACGUGUGCCCGGACGGGUCGCCACCUUGCUACCUUCACUAGGGAGCCGGGGUCGGACUUGUACACACUGACCACUGAGUCCCCUCAAGUAGCUGCGUCUGCGUCUGCGUCAGGUCAGCUGUCGGCCCCCUGCUUGUGUCGCUCCCUGUCCCACCAGACUGUCCUCUGGCACCACCGCCUUGGUCACCCGUCAGUGCAGCGCCUUCGCGGCAUGCACCGUCGCCUCCUUGUCUCUGGUCUUCCCCGGGUUCUCCCUCCCCUCCCACCCUCGCCUGCGCCUCCCUGUCUUCCCUGUGUCGAGGGGCGGCAGCGCGCCGCUCCUCACUCCUCCGAGUUUCCCCCGACAGAGGCUCCUCUGCAGACACUCCACAUGGACGUGUGGGGCCCCGCCCGCGUCCGUGGACAGGGCGGGGAGCGCUACUUUCUGCUGGUAGUUGACGACUACACGCGUUACACCACGGUCUUCCCCUUGCGCACCAAGGGUGAGGUCCCUGAUGUCUUGAUCCCUUGGAUCCGCGCUACCCGUCUCCAGCUGGAGAGGCGCUUUCGCUCGGACCUUCCAGUCCUGCGACUGCACUCUGAUAGAGGUGGUGAGUUUUCCUCCGACCUCUUGAGAGCCUUCUGUCAGGGGGAGGGCAUUGAGCAGACGUUCACGCUUCCGGCCUCUCCGCAGCAGAAUGGGGUUGCUGAGCGCCGCAUUGGCCUGGUCAUGGAGGUCGCUCGUACCUCCUUGGUCCAUGCGGCUGCCCCCCCACUUUCUGUGGCCGUUUGCGGUACGGUACGCCGCACAUCAGCUCAACCUCUGGCCCCGUGUCUCUGA